ACAUUUAAUCUCUAAAUUAAAAGAGAUAAUUACGGAGAACUACCAAGUAAAAUGGGUAUUAAUGAUGGUUGUGAGUGCAACAAGAGCUUCUCCAGCAGCUACAUGCUUGUGAAGCCACAAGAAGCGAAGAUCUUGGACUUGGGUCGCCUCCUGUUUUCAAAGAACGUCAAGAAAAGGAAAUUUGUAGAUUCUAGUCACCCCAAUGAAUUCAAUUUCUGGCACAGAUUCUUCAUCUCUCUCUCCAUCAUCGUUCUAAAGUUUCUCCAACUGUUUGCCACUCCACUUGCUUUGCUUGGUUUCUGCCUCGAGUUCAUCCUAAACUUUUUGUCAUCCAACGAUGGCUUCUUCGGCAUCCUCCUCAAUGUCUUACGAUUGAAGUUGAAAUUACCGGAGAGCUCAUCAGCGGAGUACCAGUCGGUGAUUGGUCAUUUGGAUGGAAGGAUAAUGUUAGACAAAAAUAUAAAGCCCGGAGAUGUCAAUUACUUCGGAGCUCUUUGCAUGAUGGCUUCUAAACUUGCUUAUGAGAAUCAGGCUCGCGUUCAACAUAUUGUCAAUAACGUUUGGGAGAUGGAAUUCUUGGGAUUUUUCAACUUUUGGAAUGAAUACGAAGAAAAAGGCUCAACACAAGUCUUCAUGAUGCGGGAUACAAAAGUUGAUCAGCACGAUACUAUCAUCGUCUCCUUUAGAGGUACAGAGCCAUUCAGUGCCGAUGAUUGGUGCUCUGAUUUUGACAUCUCCUGGUACGAGAUCAAAGGCAUCGGAAGAAUUCAUGGAGGAUUUAUGAAAGCACUCGGCUUACAAAAGUCCACUGGAUGGCCCAAAAAAAUAGACCGACAAGAUCAAGAAAGACAUCCUUUGGCCUAUUACACCCUCAGAAAAAGGCUUAAAAAACUUAUGAAAGAAAAUGAGGGUGCAAGGUUUGUGGUCACUGGGCACAGCCUAGGUGGGGCUUUGGCUAUAUUAUUUCCUUUUAUUUUGGCAUUUCAUGACCAACAGUUACUGCUCGAAAGAUUAGAAGGAGUGUACACAUUCGGACAACCUCGGGUUGGAGACUGCAAAUUAGGAGAGUUUAUGUUGAAAACAUUCUCGCAUUACAAUAUUCGUUACUACAGAUUCGUCUAUGGUUUCGAUAUGGUCCCUAGACUACCCCUUGACGACAAGGCCUUGAUGUUCAAACACUUUGGAUCCUGUAUUUAUUUCGACCGAAACUAUGUUCCAAAGGUUCUUGAAGAAGAGCCAUUCAAGAACUAUUUCUCGAUCUUGGGAGAAGUGGUGAUGAGAAUACAAGCAUGUUUUGAAAUAGUGAGAAGCUUCACGAUUGGACGGAGAAGGGGAAAGGAGUAUGAGGAAAGAGUGCUUUUGAGAAUUGUGAGGUUGUUCGGACUACUAUUGCCUGGAAUUCCUGCUCAUUGUCCUCAAGAUUAUAUAAAUUCCACUCGCUUGGGUUCUCUGAACAAUGUCAUUUCUUUUUCCAAGACCGAGUAUGAUGUCAAGAUUCAGUAGUAAUUAUUUUUUCUUUUUCUUUUUAUAAUAAAAGUAAUAACUCUUGUGUUAUAAGAUAGAAGAUGGGAGAUUCUUCGUAGUUAUUAUUAAAAAUAUAUCUUUUUACCAUAA